GCGCAACAAAAACGUCAUUUCCUAUAAACGUUUGCGGGAAUCGGAACCGCAUCGCCUGGAGUCAACAUGCCUAAGUUUUAUUGUGAUUACUGUGAUACUUAUCUCACCCAUGACUCUCCAUCUGUGAGGAAAACCCAUUGCAGUGGUAGGAAACAUAAAGAGAAUGUGAAAGAUUACUAUCAAAAAUGGAUGGAAGAACAAGCACAGAGCCUGAUAGAUAAAACAACGGCUGCAUUUCAGCAAGGCAAAAUCCCACCUACCCCGUUCUCUGCUCCACCUCCUGGGGGAGCAAUGAUACCACCACCGCCUAAUAUCCCUGGUCCUCCACGGCCUGGUAUGAUGCCAGCACCCCAUAUGGGUGGACCGCCAAUGAUGCCAAUGAUGGGACCACCUCCUCCAGGAAUGAUGCCAGUUGGACCUGCUCCAGGAAUGAGGCCACCUAUGGGAGGACAUAUGCCAAUGAUGCCAGGGCCACCAAUGAUGAGACCUCCAUCCAGACCCAUGAUGGUACCAGCCAGACCGGGAAUGGCUCGCCCAGACAGAUAAAGUGGAAUUGGACCUACUAUUCCUUUUUUUUUAAUGUAUGCCUUUCUGUUAAGCUGUGGAAGUUGCAUUGCCCAAAUUGGCAACAAUCUUUUUUUUUUCAUUUACAAUCUAAAAUUGGGGGAUGAGAUGGAGCCGGGGGGGGGGGGGG